AUGUGUUUUUAUUUUCUCUGUUAUUGGUGGCUUCAAAAUCCUGGAACAUCUUACUUUAAUGGAUUAAGCGACGAAGAUAUUAACUGGUCGGGGCACCGAUACGUUGAUAUGUUUACAGGAAAAGGUAAGAUUAUAACUGUUAUGAGUGAUGGAGCACUACUCACGCAUGCAUCAUACACAGACCGAGCGAUUGAAAACCAAUUCGAAAAUAUUUUUACAGGAGCUUUGCAAAAUAUAACGUUAAAUCCUCAAAAUAAUACAAUCGCCACAGCCUCAUUAGGCUUAGCAGCUGCCAAGAAAAAUUUCAAUGAAAACUAUACAGGAAUUGCUUCCGAUGCAAAUGUUGCAUCAUUUUUCUUCUCAAAUUCAUCUAAUUAUCAUGAACAUCCACAAACAGUUAUUUGCCAUCGCAGCCAAGAAUGGGAUAUCGCUAUUCUUCAAUAUCAAGUUACAAAUUGUGAAGGAAGAUUUUGUCGUUACAUAGAACCAGAUGUAUUGCCAAAAGAAAUUGCAAAUGACUGUCUUUACAAGCCAUCAGAAGAUAACUGGCAGCAUCCAAUUGUUGUGCCUGCUGGAUCUGAUCAUACUAGUGAUAUUCUUUUCUCACCUCCAGGUAGAUGGCCACUAAUUUUUUCAGUCUCAGGCGUAAGUAAUCGAGGAUUACCACUAAAUCACGGUACUGAAGGUGCUGGUAUAUUUAUAGCAUGUCCAUGCGCUGAUAUGGCUCCUCUUCCAACAGCAUCUUCAACAGGUGACAAUGAUCAAUAUGAUAACUAUACUUCUACGAAUGCGAGUGCAUCAUUAUUUGCAGGAGCAUUAGCUGUCCUCAUGGAAGCAAACCCAAGUCUUACUUUAGCUGAUUUAUUCUAUGUUACAGCUAUGACAGCCGAUAAAACAUAUCCAGAGUCUUUGAACUGGGAAAAGAAUGCAUUUGGAGUCAACUUUAAUAGAAGAACAGGGUUUGGCCGUCUAAAUCUAGGAAGAGCUGUAGAUUUAGCAUUGAAUUUCUCAUCAACAGGAAAUAUAUCAGAAUGGAGUCAAAAGAAACAACUGGACCUCGUUAUGGAACACGGUGAUUAUAAUAUUACCUUCAAUGUUGAUGGCGAUGACAUGAAAUCCGUAAUUUCAAUUAAUUUAGAACUUCAAGCACGAAAAUUAUCAUUUGGUUCAUUAAAUUCACAUGUUAUCAGCCCAAGUGGAACAGUUUCGGAAGUCAAAAUCCUCACAGAAGGCGACAAAGCUUUGGAUAUCAGAUCAAUGGAAUUUCCAAGUUACAAAUUUUUAGGAGAAAAUCCAAGAGGAACAUGGACAGUCACAUUCAAGGAAACAGAUAACGCAAACAGAGGUGUAAUCACUAAUGCUGCCUUGCACAUUUACUACACAAAAACUGCUCCUAAUUCAAAUCAAAUUAAUCAACGCGAUGGAGCAAAUCCUUAUUCGAGAAUACCUUCAAAAGUAACAUUUUUGAGUGAAGCACCUGUUCCUUUUGUUGCAGGAACCAAAUGGGAGAUUGGUGUUAGAGUUCCUGAUGAAAUUAAGGGUAUUUCAUACUUAGUUUACUUAGAAGAUUCAACAGGAAAGAACAGAGUUAAGUUAAAAGCAUAUUACAAUAGUGAUUAUACCAAAAUAACACUAUCUUAUGUUCCAUCUGUCUUCAAAACAGGUAUAAAUAUAUCAUUUGUUGUUGAUUCAAUUGAUCCAACAUAUGGUUAUACCUCUUCAAUUCAAUUAAAUUACACCAAUCCAUAUCCUGUUGGUAUUUUAAUUCCAAAGGAUGGAUCAUCAAUAUCUAUAGAUGAUAGAGACCUUGAAAUUCAGUACUCUCUUAAUCUUGACUAUUUAUCAGAUGAUGGAUAUUCAACAAGUGCUGCUAUUACUAUUCUUUCUGCAUAUUCGAAUAUAAUUCUUGAUAGAACAUGGAUGAGAAACCUUGGAAAGACAACUUACGUUGAUGCUGUUCCAUCUGAUAGAUCUUUCUUGUUCCAAGUGUCUCCUUCAUCAUCUGAUAGAUUCGAACAAUUCGAACCAAUGACUGUACGCGUUUAUGUUAAAGAAGCUCCAGGUAAAUAUGUUCCUCAAACGUUGAAAUUCACAUUAUAUGUCAUGACUUGGGUAAUUGUCUUAUCUGUUAUUGCAGUGAUAAUAUUAAUCAUAAAGUUCGGCUGCUGGACGGCAAGGAUGUCAGCGUGA